AUGUGGUCCGGAUCCAUCAUCGCAUCGGCCCUGGCGGCGGUAGCAAUGGCAUCACCCUCUCCCGUCCGCCGAGCGACGACGGCCUGCAACAACUCCCCCUCGCUCUGCAGCAAGAAGUACAACGAGGUGACGUACCUGGGCGCCCACAACAGCUAUGCCCUGCGCGACGACAGCACCGGCAACUCGAUAGCCGGGAACCAGUACCUGAACGCGACCAAGGCCCUGGACGCCGGCCUCCGCCUGCUCCAGGUGCAGACGCACGAGGGGAACGCCACGCUCGAGCUCUGCCACACGUCCUGCUCGCUGCUCGACGCCGGCCCGCUCACGGACUGGCUGGCCGACAUCAACACCUGGCUGGGCGCCAACCCGAACGAGGUGGUGACGCUCCUCAUGGUCAACGGCGACAGCGCGCCCGCCUCGACCUUUGCCAGCGCGCUCGAGUCGUCGGGCAUCUCGGAGCACGCCUACUCGGCCUCGGUCGACGGGCCCUCGUCCAGCUGGCCGACCCUCCAGACCAUGAUCGACGACGACAAGCGCGUCGUCACCUUUGUCACGAACGUCGACUACUCGUCCCAGACGCCCACCAUCCUGCCCGAGUUCGACUACGUCUUCGAGACGGCCUUUGACGUCACCGACAUCUCGGGCUUCAACUGCACCCUCGACCGCCCCUCCGACCUCGACGACGCCUCCACCGCCAUCGGCUCCGGCUACAUGGGCCUCAUCAACCACUUCAAGUAUCAGGCCAUCACCACCGGCGUCGAGAUCCCCGACGUCGACACCCUCGACACCGUCAACAGCAACAGCAACACCACCGAGGGCGCCAUCGGCACCCACCUCAAGCAGUGCAGCACCCAGUGGGGCAGCGCUCCCACCUUUGCCCUCGUCGACUUCUGGAACGACGGUGAGGCCCUCGAGGCCGUCGACGCCAUCAACGCCGUCACCGACGCUACCGGCCGCACCGCCGCCGAGUCGGGCUCGGCUGACGAUACCAGCGCCGUCCCCGGUGCAGCCCACGGGAGGAUGAAUGCCGGUGCUCUCCUCGUCUUCGUUGCCGCCAGCAUCAUGAUGAUUUGA